GUGCGUUUUGCAGGAACUGCCUGUGAGGACUGUGCACCUGGUCGAUAUGGUCCCACCUGCAGCUCAGAGUGUUCGUGUGUUCAUGGUCUGUGUGACUCCGGUCUGAAAGGUGACGGUCGCUGCACCUGUUUCUCCGGAUAUAAAGGUCCAAACUGUGACCAAGAGCUCGCGGCGUGUGCGUCCCUCGGCUGUCCUCGCGGGUCUCGCUGUACGGAGGGGGCUCUGACGGCUCGGCUGGUGUGCCGGUGUCUGCCCGGACACCGGAGAUCAGGAGCUCAGUGUCUGCCCAUCAACCCGUGUCUCCAGCGGGUGUGUCAUGUCCACGCCUCCUGCGUCCACACGGGUCCAGACCAGCACCUCUGCACCUGUAACGCCGGCUACAGCGGGGACGGACGAGUCUGCGCGGCCGUGGAUCCGUGUCAGAGGGACCGGGGAGGCUGCACCGCCGAGUCUGCACGCUGCGUCUACGACGGACCGGGGAAGUCUCACUGCGAGUGUCUCCCUGGUUUCCAUGUCCUGUGGGACGGCGGCUGCAGCCUGAAAGAUUCCUGCACGCCCACUUCCUGUCACAGGAACGCCAACUGCAGCACAGUGGGACCGGGACAAGUCGAGUGCACCUGUCUCCAGGGUUACCUUGGUAAUGGCAAGGUGUGUUACGGGGACAUCAUGGAGCGUCUGAACAGUCUGAACACAGAGCCUGGAGGACAGUGGACCGGUCAGCUGAGCAACGCCAUCACUCUGUUUGGUUCUGUCUCCUGGCAGCUGCAGAAUUUGGGUCCCUUCACUCUGUUUGUGCCGAUCAAUAAAGGCUUCAGAGGAACUUCAGUGAGGACUCUGCUGGCCGACUCGUCCAAAGCGAGGUACCUGUGUAAGCUGCACUUGGUUGCCGGGGUGAUGCCCUUUGACACGCUGAAGAAAACCGACGUCUUCUACACUUUGACCGGAAAAUCAGCCGAGACAGACAGUCCAGAGGGGGACUCUCAGAUGAAGAUCCGUAUCCAUGGCAGCAGGAAGCGCGGCAUGAUCGUCCAGUCUGACAUCACUGCGUCCAACGGGAUGAUCCACGUCAUCAACAAGCUGAUGGACAGCGUGGCGCCCACCGUGGAGAGCGACCCCCAGGAGAACCUGAUGAAGAUCAUCUCUGAUUACGGGAAGUUCGACAGGUUCAGGUCUCUGUUGGAGAAAGCUGGCCUGGCCUCGGUCAUGGACCUUCCUGGUCCGAUCACCGUAUUCGCUCCGACCAGCUCAGCCUUCGACGCCAUGACUGAAGGUCACCUGACUUACCUGAGCAGCGCUGAGGGUCGAACCAAACUGGUGGAGCUGCUGAGGAACCACAUCGUCCCGUCCACCUCGCUGGAGGUCUUUAACGCCGUGUCCAGCCCCUCCAUCACCACCGUGGCCAACCAGGCACUGACCAUCAACGUCACCCAAAACGGUCUGGUUCUGGUCAACGGGGCGGCAGUUUUGGAGGCGGCGGUGGAAGCUAAAAACGGCCGUCUGUACCUGCUGGAUGGAGUUUUGACUCCGCCCUCCAUUGAACCGGUGCUGCCCCGCAGGUGUGACAUCAUUGAGACCAAGAUCCUCAAGGGUGAAUGUGUCAGCUGCUCCAAAGUCAAACUGUCUCAGUGUUCACCUGGAGGAGUUUCUACGGGUUACUCCACCUUUGGAUGUAUUUACACCAUGUCCAUCGGACCACAGGCCAUCAAAGUCCCUGCGACAGGCUGCUCGCCGCUAUGCAAUGCCACCGUCAUGACUGCAGCAUGCUGCAAAGGUUUCUACGGUCCAGACUGCCGUCCCUGUCCAGGUGGAUUCCAGAUGCCCUGCUCCAGACAUGGACAGUGUGUGGACGGUUUCGGAGGAAACGGAACGUGUGUCUGUGAUCUGAACUUCCAAGGCUCUCGCUGUCAGUACUGCUCCUCCUCCAACAAAUACGGACCAAAUUGUGACACAACGUGUCCCUGUAUCCACGGACAGUGUGACAACCGUCCGGACUCAGACGGCCGCUGUAAAGUUGACUCCUGUCAGAUGGGUUUCACCGGUCGCUUCUGUGAGCGCCAGACGGCGGCGUGUGGCGCUCAGGUUCAGUUCUGCCAUGCCCACGCAGACUGUGACUUCAGCCAUGGAGCCACCAGGUGUGUGUGCAAACCGGGUUACAAAGGUGACGGGAUCACCUGCGUGGAGUCCGACCCCUGUGCUCCGCCUCUGCGCGGUGGCUGCAGCAUCAACGCGAAGUGUAUUAAGACGGGAGCAGGGACUCACUCCUGUCAGUGUCUGACCGGAUGGAGGGAGGACGGAGACGACUGUCAGCCCAUCAACAACUGUGACGGAGCAGACCGAGGAGGCUGCCACCCCAACGCCACCUGCAUCUACGUCGGCCCGGGACAGAGCGACUGUUCGUGUAAAGCCGGAUACAAAGGAAACGGACGAGACUGUGAGGCCGCCAACCAGUGUGUGACGGAGAGAGGAGGCUGUCACUACCUGGCUAGCUGCCACCUGCUGUCCUCUCAGUGGACAUGUGUCUGUGAUGAAGGAUACGUUGGGGACGGACACGCGUGUUACGGGACGGUGGUGCAGGUGCUGACGGAUCUGCCGGACGCCUCCGAGUUCUCUGCAUGGACAACUGUGAGUGUCACUCCGUCACACCAUCACACAGUCACUCCGUCACUCCGUCACACCGUCACACCUCACUCCGUCAAACCGUCACUCUGUCAAACCGUCACUCCGUCACACCGUCACUCCGUCACUCUGUCACACCGUCACUCCGUCACUCCAUCACACCGUCACUCCGUCACACCGUCACUCCGUCACACCGUCACUCCGUCACACCGUCACUCCGUCACACCGUCACUCUGUCACAUAGUCACUCCAUCAAACCGUCACUCCGUCACUCCGUCACACCGUCACUCCGUCACUCCGUCAAACCGUCACUCUGUCAAACCGUCAAACCGUCACUCCGUCAAACCGUCACUCCGUCAAACCGUCACACCGUCACACCGUCACUCUGUCACACCGUCACUCCGUCACACCGUCACUCUGUCACAUAGUCACUCCAUCAAACCGUCACUCCGUCAAACCGUCACUCCGUCAAACCGUCACUCCGUCACUCUGUCACACCGUCACUCCGUCACACCGUCACUCCGUCACACCGUCACUCCGUCACUCCAUCACACCGUCACUCCGUCACACCGUCACUCCGUCACACCGUCACUCCGUCACAUAGUCACUCCAUCAAACCGUCAAACCGUCAAACCGUCACUCCGCCACACCGUCACUCCGUCACACCGUCACUCCGUCACACAGUCACACCGUCACACCGUCACACCGUCACUCCGUCACACCGUCACACCAUCACUCCGUCACAUCGUCACACCGUCACUCCAUCACACCUUCACACAGUCACUCCGUCACACCGUCACUCCGUCACACAGUCACUCCGUCACACCGUCACUCCGUCACACA